AUGCCAUCGCAUCAAAUCAUGCAAAUCGCUGAGUCUUUGUAUAAUAGAGGCAUUAUUAGCUAUCCCCGUACUGAGACCGAGAUCUUUAAUGAAACGAUGGACUUAAAGUCCUUGGUACAAGUGCAAAUGUCCAGCCCCGAAUGGGGUCAAUUUGCAGCCAAAUUGCUGCAUAAUGACGGCUUCGAGUGGCCUAGAUCCGGGAGCAGGAAUGACCAAGCCCAUCCCCCUAUACAUCCCGUCCGAGCAUUGAGUAAAAGUGAAUUAAAUGAUGAUGAAUGGAAAGUUUACAAAAGUGUGUGCACACACUUUUUGGCGGCAUGUUCAGCGGACGCCAAAGGUGAGACCACGGACGUAGACAUCCACAUGGGUGAGGAGUUAUUCCACAAAUCUGGGUUAGUGGUUACGGAUCCGUGUUUUCUGGAGGUGUACCGGGAAUUUGACAACUGGGAGCGCCGUAAUGACUCCUUUCCUGCUGUGUUCGAAGAGGGUGAAUCUAUUCCUGCGUCUGGUUUGGAGUUGAACCAGGGAAGGACUACUGCCCCGAAUUUACUGACCGAAACGGAGUUAAUAAGUUUGAUGGACAAGCACCAAAUCGGAACAGACGCAACGAUGCACGAACACAUCCGAACCGUUCAGACGCGGCAGUACGUGGAGCGAGUGCCGCCCUCGUCGUUCCGACCAACUGUUUUGGGGACGGCUUUGUAUGUGGGUAUUUCGAGAGCCUGUCCCGAGUUGACGUCUCCGCAGCUGCGAGCGAACACAGAACGGUCGAUCGCCGCGAUUGCGGACGGUACACUGAAUCCGAUGGAUUGCACCCAAGACAUCAUCCGGAGCUAUGUGGCUAGUUACGAGCGUCUUGGAGCCUCGCUAAUCGACAUCGAAAACUGCCUGAGUCAAUGGCUCAACGUCCGCACGAAUUAG